UCUCAAAGAGGUUUACAAAAAAUUUUGGGAAAACGACAACGGCUACUAUCUUAUUUGUCAAAUAAAAAUAGAAUACGCUAUAACAAAUUAAUAAAUCAAUUGGAUAUUCGGGAGUCAAUAAUUCGUUAAUUGAAUUUGAAGAGUCAUUUUGAAUUAUUCGAUUUUUUAGGUCUUGAAUCUUGAUUAAUUUUUUUUCUUUCGAAAUUCAUGGAAGAAUAAAUCGAGGAAAAACCUAUGAAUGGGACAGCUAAAAGAAAAGAUCUCAUGGUAGUCAAUAUGGGACCUCACCAUCCAUCAAUGCAUGGUGUUCUUCGACUUAUUGUUACUCUAGAUGGUGAGGAUGUUAUUGAUUGUGAACCAUUAUUGGGUUAUUUACACAGAGGGAUGGAAAAAAUUGCGAAAAAUCGAACAAUUAUACAAUAUCUGCCUUAUGUAACACGUUGGGAUUAUUUAGCUACGAUGUUCACAGAAGCAAUAACCGUAAACGGACCAGAACAGUUGGGAAAUAUUCAAGUACCCCAAAGAGCCAGCUAUAUUCGAGUAAUUAUGUUGGAAUUGAGUCGUAUAGCUUCUCACCUAUUAUGGCUGGGACCUUUUAUGGCGGAUAUUGGUGCACAAACCCCUUUCUUCUAUAUUUUUAGAGAAAGAGAAUUAAUAUAUGAUCUAUUCGAAGCUGCGACAGGUAUGAGAAUGAUGCAUAAUUUUUUCCGUAUCGGGGGAGUCGCGGCCGAUCUACCUCAUGGUUGGAUAGAUAAAUGUUUGGAUUUCUGCGAUUAUUUUUUAACAGGGGUUGUUGAAUAUCAAAAACUUAUUACGCGAAAUCCCAUUUUUUUAGAACGGGUUGAGGGAAUAGGCAUUGUUAGUGGAAAGGAAGUAAUUAAUUGGGGUUUAUCAGGACCGAUGCUUCGGGCUUCCGGAAUACAAUGGGAUCUGCGUAAAGUUGAAAAUUAUGAGUGUUAUGGGGAAUUUGAUUGGGACGUUCAAUGGCAAAAAGAAGGAGAUUCAUUAGCUCGUUAUUUAGUUCGAAUUGGUGAAAUGGUGGAAUCCAUAAAAAUUAUUCAACAGGCUUUGGAAGGAAUUCCCGGCGGACCAUAUGAGAAUUUAGAAAUCCGUUACUUUGAUAGGGAAAGGGAACCAGAAUGGAAUGAUUUUGAAUAUCGAUUCAUUAGUAAAAAACCGUCUCCGACUUUUGAAUUGCCGAAACAAGAACUUUAUGUAAGAGUUGAAGCCCCCAAAGGAGAAUUGGGGAUUUUUCUAAUAGGAGAUCAGAAUGGUUUUCCUUGGAGAUGGAAAAUUCGUCCACCCGGUUUUAUCAAUUUGCAAAUUCUUCCUCAAUUAGUUAAAAGAAUGAAAUUGGCCGAUAUUAUGACAAUACUAGGGAUACAAGAUAUCAAUUCUUUUUUCAGAUUGGAAUCUUUAAAGGAGGUCUAUGGAAUUCUAUGGGUAUUUGCCCCUAUCUUUACUCUUGUAUUGGGAAUCACCAUAAGUGUACUAGCAAUUGUAUGGUUAGAAAGAGAAAUAUCCGCAGGUAUACAACAGCGGAUUGGACCUGAAUACGCGGGUCCUUUGGGAGUUCUUCAAGCUCUAGCAGAUGGAACAAAACUACUUUUCAAAGAGAGUCUUAUUCCAUCUAGGGGAGAUACUCGUUUAUUCAGUAUCGGACCAUCCAUAUCAGUUAUAUCCAUUAUAAUAAGCUAUUCGGUAAUUCCUUUUGGAUAUAAUUUUGUUUUAUCCGAUCUCAAUAUCGGUGUUUUUUUAUGGAUUUCUAUUUCGAGUAUUGCUCCGAUUGGACUUCUUAUGUCAGGAUAUGGAUCAAAUAACAAAUAUUCCUUUUUGGGUGGUCUACGAGCAGCUGCUCAAUCGAUUAGUUAUGAAAUACCAUUAACUCUAUGUGUGUUAUCAAUAUCUCUACGUGCGAUUCGUUGAUACAAAAACUUCUCGAUGCUAUUGCUAUGGCCCUUUCCUUGUAGGACAACUUUAUAGGAAAAUAGGAAAGGGGCAGAAUAAAAAAAAUUCAUUAUUAUUCUCACUUCAAGUCUGAUUGAAGAACAAAAUCUGAUAGUUAUAUGAGUGAAAUCAGACAGCUUCUAUAGAAAUAGAAAUUCGAGAUUCUAUUUAGAUAAUUUACAAAUACUAUAUUAGAUUAGAUAGUAGAUUACCAGCCUAUUAUAUAUAUAUUAUAUAUAUAUAUAAUAUAUAUUAUAUUUAUCUUAUAUAUAUUAUAUAUGGGUAUAUGGUUAUAUAUGUUAUUUCUAUGGUAUGAUGAUUUGAAAUUGCAGUCAAAAUAUUGAGUCUCAUUUUCUAUGUAAAAGAAUUAAGUGAAAAAAAAUUAGAAACAGACGAGUCUUAUUACCCCAGGAUUGGAUAAUUAGUAAUCUUGUCUUGAAGCGGGCUCAAAAGACCAACCUUAUUGAGAUUGAGUUUUUGCUACUGUUUGGAUGAUUUAUUAUUCAUGUAUUAACAGAAACAUAAAAUAAGGGCAGCUCAAAAAAAAGAAGUGGAUGGUUAGAAGCACCAAGAUACACAAGGGAUUAGUAACACGGAUUAUGUAAAUUGUCAAAAGGAACAUUUCCACAUAAUCUAAAUAAAGAAUACUAAUUGGGGCUUAAAGUUGGUAGAAAAGAGAAGGCAGUCCUCCCCCAAUUCCGAUCUAGAGUAUGCUCCUAUCCACUGAUUAAAUAAAUGACUAUCGGGAACGAAAUAAUCCGUUAAUCUUUUUUUUUUUAAGUAUCCCCUUUUGAUUUGCACAAAAAAAGACGAAUAGGAACAAAAAAAAUGACCCCGUCGUUUUGUUUUCUCUCUCUCUCUUUUUCUGAAGAGAGAAUUUUUCUAAUUUAUUAGAAAAAAAUAUGCAAGUCUUUUUCGUAACCUAAAACGAUGGACGGAGGGUUAUAAAGAUAAUUCCAAAAU